AUGAAAUCGAUAUUUAUUUCUACUCCAUACUUUUGUUUCUUUUCAGUACCACUACGUGCGAGUUCCAUUGAUAUUCAUCCGAAUGCAAAAUGGUCACAGAAUGGUAUCACUGUUGCUGGAGGAAAUGGACAAGGCAGUGAAACCAAUCAACUCUAUGGUCCAUUCGGUUUAUACGUCGAUGAUGAUCAAACGAUUUAUGUCGCUGAUCAGGGUAAUCACCGUAUUAUGGAAUGGAAAUCUGGUGCAACGAAUGGAAAAGUAGUUGCUGGUGGAAAUGGACAAGGAAAUGGAGCUCAUCAGUUAAACUACCCAUCAGAUGUGAUUAUUGACAAAGAGAGCGAUAGUCUCAUCAUCAGCGAUUGUGUGAAUAGAAGAGUAGUUCGGUGGCCUCGUCGAAAUGGUACUCGUGGAGAAACAAUUAUUUCAAAUAUCUCUUACAGCGGUUUGACAAUGGACGACAAUGGUUCUCUCUAUGUCACUGACAAUGGAAAAAAUGAAGUGAGACGAUAUAAAAUUGGUGACACUCAAGGAACAGUAGUUGCAGGUGGUAAUGGAAAAGGAAAUCAUCUGGAUCAACUCUCAAAUCCCUCCUACGUAUUUGUCGAUCGAGAUCAUUCAGUUUAUGUGUCUGAUAGUGGAAAUCAACGUGUAAUGAAAUGGGAAGAACGUGCAAAACAAGGCAUUGUCGUAGCCGGUGGUCAAGGAGAAGGAAAUAGUCUUACACAAUUGAAUAAUCCUCAAGGAGUCGUUGUCGAUCAGUUGGGUACUGUCUAUGUGGCUGAGUGGAUGAAUCAUCGAAUCAUGCGUUGGCCAAAAGGAGCCGUACAAGGAAGUGUCAUUGUUGGUGGAAACGGUUAUGGAGCACAGUCGAAUCAACUCGCUUAUCCCAUAGGUUUAUCAUUCGAUCGACAUGGGCGUCAUUUGUCUGAUUUGAAUGCUAUAUGGGUUGCUCGAAAUCAAUUUAUUUUUCUUGAUAAAAAAGAUUAUAUUGUUGGUACACGUCUUUUAUUAAUUCGUGAAAAUUAUGAUAUUAUUUUAUAUGAUGCUCAACAAAAGCGCUCAUUAACAAAAGUUCGACCAAAAUUAGAUGGUAAAGAUUGUUGGGAAAAAUUAACUUUUAUUUAUUUACAAGAUCAGAUUCCAAUGCUAUUAGGAAAUGUUGAAGAAUGCAUUAAACUUCUUAGACAAUGA